UUAACGUCGAUUUCCCAGUCGUCGAAGGCCCUCAUUGUAAAUUUAUAGCCAUUAUGGUCGGACAGAGAUAUUGGAGAAGGGCGGGAUUUUACGCAAAGUAAUUCAUUCUGUUUGCGAUGCAUUUUGUCCUGUGAAGAAGAGCAGCACAACGUCUCAGUACCCAUUUGAAAAAGGAUUUAAUAGGAUUACGCCUUCACCCUUGGAUGCAUCAGCUACUAUUUCGGUGGAUUUAGUGGGCACGCGAAAGCGGAAUUUAAGCUCUCAGUCACGUUACUUCCGUAACCAAGGGCCUCUGCAGGAUAUUGCUUUAACUUAAUGAAAGACUCAAAUAUUUACACUUGUGGAACGUUUUAACUAUACAGUCGAAAACAUCACUGUUUACCGUCCUCAACAAGCACAGGAGUUCUCUCUGGUGCCUGGAGUAAGGAGCUCGUCAGGGAAAUUGCUUUUGGCAUCGGGCUUGAACGCGAUCCAGAAACCAGAGAUGAACUGGUCGACACCACUGCCCCGAAGCACAUCCGGGCAUGACGUCAGCGGAAAUGGUCCAACGGCGAUGUUUACAUCCUCCAAUCAGACAAACGAAACAGAUCAUACACAAGAACAGAUGAUAGACUUUUUUCAGGACGAGCAGAUAGCAUUUCUGGUGAUUCUACUCCUGCUGAUCAUCGUCGGCAACUCGACUGUCCUCGCCGCCAUUGCCCUCUCACGUGAGCGGAGAAGAUCCCGGAUGAACUUCUUUAUUAUGCACCUAGCUCUUGCAGACUUCCUGAAUGGCCCCCUGAACGUGAUGAUAGACCUGAUCUGUAAAGUGACAAUAUAUUGGUAUGCUGGGAACUUCAUGUGCAAACUCAUCCAGUACACCAGGUCGGUGGUAAUGUUUGCUUCUACCUACAUGCUGGUGUCUCUCAGUAUCGACAGACUGGACGCGGUCGCUCGCCCUAUGCUCUUCAGUGGCAGCUGGAAGCGAGCGAGGCUGUUGAUAGGUGGGGCGUGGCUACUGUCUCUCCUCUUCUCCAUCCCAAUGUUGGUGCUGUUCCACGAGGCGCACGUUGACGGAGGUCCCCAGUGUUACAUCACCAUGCCGCAUGACUGGCACUGGCAGCUUUACUUAACCCUGAUUGCCAUCAGUCUGUUCGUCAUCCCCGCCAUCAUCAUCUGCAUCUGCUACCUCGUCAUCAUCUUCACCAUCUGGCGGAGCAGCAUCCUGUUAAAGCCUCAAGACACGCCCGAGCAGAAGAGGGCGAGAAGGAAGUCCAAAGAUGAAGAACUUUUAACCGGAAGCAUGACUACUUCUCGGAGCGACAGUUGUACCAGUUCACGAGGAAUCAUUCCUCAAGCAAAAGUUCGAACUAUUAAAAUGACUUUCAUAAUAGUUUUAGUUUUUAUCGUAUGCUGGAGUCCAUACUUUAUAUUCAACCUGUUUCAAGUAUACGGCUAUGUUCCCCACACACCGACCAUGGGAAAGAUAUCCACAUUUGUUCAAAGUCUGGCCCCUUUAAACUGUGCCGCUAACCCUGUUAUAUACGGCAUCUUCAGUACACGGAUCUGCAGAUACUUAAGAAGAGUCUACGUGUUCCGGACGUUGUCUGAACGAUGGUGCCGGUGCUGCAAUGACGACUCCCCGCGAGGAACGUCUGCGACAGAGUACACCAGCAUGUCGGAAACAGACGAUAUCCGCUUGACCGCUGACCCUGGAACGUCGACACGUGUUGGCAGGGUGCCAUAUGUGCGGCAAAAAUUGUCGGAAGCGGACCGAGAAAUUCUUUCUUUACAUGUUACGUCUCAUAAUAUUUGAUAUAAUCAAAUACGAAAAAUAUUGCAGCAAAAAUAAUCUUUUAACUCGGAG